GACCUUAUUGAUUUGCUACACUUAUCCUUAAUAUUCCAAAUCUAGAAAUCUCCAUCUGUCUGCAUCAAUCUGCUCUAGAAGUGUAUCCUACAAGUUAGUGACUUGAUUAGCAUUCCAAUCAGCAAUCCAAAACACAAGCAAGAAGCAGAAGCCUGCCCAUUGCAUCUCCCCAAGCAGACAAAAUGGCCUCUUCAAAUCCCACCUACAAAUACUUUCUCGUCACAUACCCAGCACCAUAUAUAGCACAUGUGCAAAUCAACCGUCCCGAGAAACUCAAUGCUUUUUUCGAGGCCAUGUGGCUUGAAUUCCGCACUAUCUUCGACACUUUAUCCUAUUCUCCCGACGUUCGCUCCAUCAUACUAUCCGGCGCCGGCGAACGUGCAUUCUCAGCCGGCUUGGAUGUAGAGGCCGCGGCACAAGAUGGAGUUUUGUCCGAAAAGGAAGGAAGGCCAACAGAUGUAGCGCGAACGGCGCAAGCUAUCAAGCGUCACGUCGAAGAAUUCCAAGCGUGUAUAAGCAGCGUCGAGAAGUGCGAAAAACCCGUGAUCUGUGUUCUGCAUGGCUAUUCCCUCGGUCUCUCGAUCGAUAUAUCCACCUGCGCCGAUAUUCGCAUCUGUACCUCGGACGUCAAGAUGGCCGUGAAAGAAGUAGAUAUCGGAAUCGCCGCCGAUAUUGGGACUCUCUCGCGCCUUCCCAAGGUCGUCGGUUCUUUCAGCUGGGUCAAAGACGUAUGUCUCUCUGCCCGAGUCUUCGGAGCUGAAGAAGCACUGCGAGUAGGUUUUGUGACUUAUGUUGAGCCUUCAAAGCAAAAGGCUAUCGAAAAAGCGCUCAGUAUCGCGAAACUGUUGGCGGAAAAAAGUCCGGUGGCAGUGCAGGGUACCAAGGAACUUUUGAAUCACGCUAGGGAUAAUCGACUGGCGGAUAGCUUGAGAUACACAGGAGUUUGGAAUAGUGCGGCGAUCCAGACGAAGGAUGUUAAGGAUGCGAUGUUGAGUGGAUUGCAGAAGAGAAAGCCUACUUUUGAGAAACUUUGAGAGGGGUUGGAGGACAACAGAUCACAAUAAUUUGAGAUGUCAAGUUUCAGGAAUAGCGAGGAGAAAUCAUUCUACUCCAAAGCUUUCCGGGGGCGUCUCCCGUUGCUGCAUCAAAAAGCUGGACAUACAAUACAGCACUCAAAACUGUAAGAUAGCACACGAGAUAAAUCUCCACUGUGCGAUCUCUCAAAUGGGAGUUCAAAGAAGUGAAAGAGAGAUAUACUUGAAAGCACAGUAGAUAGACUCGUCUAAUAUCACUUUCAUAUACCACA